AUGGAGGCUCUAAUCCCCGUCAUAAACAAGCUCCAAGAUGUGUUCAACACCGUGGGCGCGGAUAUCAUCCAGCUUCCGCAGAUUGCUGUUGUAGGGACGCAGAGUAGCGGAAAGAGCUCGGUGCUGGAGAGCCUGGUGGGCCGGGACCUGCUCCCCCGUGGGACCGGCGUGGUGACCAGGCGCCCCCUCAUCCUCCAGCUGGUCAACGUGGAACCGGGGGACUCCAGGAAGAACGAGGAUGGCGGCAGAGAGGGAGAGGAGUGGGGGAAGUUUCUACACACCAAAAACAAGAUCUACUGGGAUUUUGACGAGAUAAGGCAGGAGAUUGAGAGCGAGACGGAGCGCGUGUCGGGGACUAAUAAGGGGAUCAGCGACGAGCCCAUUCACCUGAAGAUCUUCUCUCCAAAUGUUGUCAACCUGACGCUGGUGGAUCUGCCAGGAAUCACCAAGGUGCCUGUGGGGGAUCAGCCUAAGGACAUAGAGGUUCAGAUCCGAGAUCUAAUCCUGAAGCACAUCUCCAACCCCAACUGCAUCAUCCUGGCCGUCACGGCCGCCAACACGGACAUGGCCACCUCCGAGGCUCUCAAAGUGGCCCGGGAGGUGGACCCCGACGGCCGGAGGACGCUGGCCGUGGUGACCAAGCUGGACCUGAUGGACGCCGGGACCGACGCCAUGGACGUGCUGAUGGGCCGAGUCAUCCCCGUCAAGCUGGGCCUCAUCGGGGUGGUCAACAGGAGCCAGCUGGACAUCAACAACAGAAAGUCGGUGGCCGACGCCAUCCGGGACGAGCACGCCUUCCUCCAGAAGAAGUAUCCGUCCCUCGCCAACAGAAAUGGAACCAAAUACCUGGCCAGAACCCUCAACAGGUUACUGAUGCACCACAUCCGGGACUGCCUCCCGGAGCUGAAGACGCGGAUCAACGUGCUGGCGGCCCAGUACCAGUCGCUGCUCAGCAGCUACGGGGAGCCGGUGGAGGACCAGAGCGCCACGCUGCUGCAGCUCAUCACCAAGUUCGCCACCGAGUACUGCAACACCAUCGAGGGCACGGCCAAAUACAUCGAGACCGCCGAGCUGUGCGGUGGAGCCAGAAUCUGCUACAUUUUCCACGAGACGUUUGGCCGAACGCUGGAGUCCGUGGAUCCUCUGGGGGGGCUGAGCACCAUCGACAUCCUGACCGCCAUCAGGAACGCCACGGGCCCGCGGCCCUCCCUGUUCGUGCCGGAGAUCUCCUUCGAGCUGCUGGUGAAGAAGCAGGUGAAGCGUCUGGAGGAGCCCAGCCUGCGCUGCGUGGAGCUGGUCCACGAGGAAAUGCAGAGGAUCAUCCAGCACUGCAGCAACUACAGCACACAGGAGCUGCAGAGAUUCCCGAAGCUGCACGAGGCCAUCGUGGAGGUGGUCACCUCCCUGCUGAGGAAGAGGCUCCCCAUCACCAACGACAUGGUGCAUAACCUGGUUGCCAUCGAGCUGGCCUACAUCAACACCAAGCACCCGGACUUUGCGGACGCCUGCGGGGUGAUGAACAACAACAUCGAGGAGCAAAGGAGAAACCGGAUGAGGGAGCUGCCUGCCGCCGUGCCCAGGGACAAGUCUGUUGGCAAAGGCCCGGCGGGCCUAUCUGUGGCUUCUGGCGAGCCCUCUGCGUCUGGAGCAGACAUGGACGGUGCCAAGGCUCCGGGGCCCCAGGGGGAGCCGGAGGGCACCGGGACCUGGAGGGGGAUGCUGAAGAAGGGGGAGGAGGCCCCGGGCUCCGGGCCGGGAAGCCCCCUGAAAGGAGCCGUCAACCUGCUGGACGUGCCCGUCCCGGUUGCUAGGAAGCUGUCGUCCAGGGAGCAGCGGGACUGCGAGGUCAUCGAGCGCCUCAUCAAGUCCUACUUCCUCAUCGUCAGGAAGAACAUCCAGGACAGCGUGCCGAAAGCGGUCAUGCACUUCCUGGUCAACCACGUGAAGGACAGCCUGCAGAGCGAGCUGGUGGGCCAGCUCUACAAGUCGGGGCUCCUCAACGACCUGCUGACCGAGUCCGAGGACAUGGCCCAGCGCCGCAAAGAGGCCGCCGACAUGCUGCAGGCCCUACAGAGAGCCAGUCAGGUGAUCGCUGAGAUAAGAGAAACACACCUGUGGUGA